UAAAUCCAGAAGCCCCGUUGCUCCUCCAACACCAUCUGAACUCACAGUCCCAGAAACCAAAAUUCGAUCUUUUUUUCUCCAUCCAAGUCAAUCCUACCACUAGUGACUCAGACCCAGAAUUCAAAAUCCAAUCUUUUUCAAUCCAAGUCGGUCCUAGUACUUGUAAAUCGCAGACCCAGGAUUCAAAAGUCAAUCCUUUCUCCAUCCAAGUCAAUCCUACUACUUGUCCAGGAGGGCAGGCUAUUCAAGUCACCAUGAGUUCAACUAGCAGAGCAUGGAUUGCUGCAGCGAGCAUUGGGGCAGUGGAGGCACUGAAAGACCAGGGAUUUUGCCGGUGGAACCACGCGCUCAGGUCGCUCCACCAAUACGCCAAGUGCAAUGUCGGAUCUUGUUCUCAGGCCAAGAGAGUGUCUUCGUCCUCGGCUGCUUCUGCCAUUUCUGAGAAAAUCAGAGGAGGGAAAGUGAAGCAGUGUGAAGAGUCUUUGAGGAAAGUCAUGUAUUUGAGUUGCUGGGGACCUUACUAAUUGCUAAGCUCCCCUCCUUUUUUUUUCCUUCCAUCGCCAGUUGAUUUUGCUAGAGUCCAUUGUAAUUAUGACUGGCCGAAAUGAAAUUGAGCAGUUUAUGCAUACUUU